AUGUCCCCGAAGAGACUAGAAGAAAUGAGUUCUGGUAUUGCAUCCGGUAAAGUUCGACUGAUUCACAGUCAUCCAAAGGAAAUACCAAGAGCAGUGAGCCUAGCUCGUGCAACAUCAGAUUGGUCAGGAUCAGUUGUCAUUAAACGCCAACAUUGCUCUAUUUCUGAAAGUAUUUUACUGCUAGUGCUCAUCGCAUCUGGUGCAACCUCCAGUGAGGCAUCAAUCUUCUACCCUCUAGCUGGUUGGUACGUCAAGGAAGGUCUCUUUAUCGACUGUAACGACCAAGGAGUAGAACUUGUGCGCGCCAAAGUGACUGGUCAGAUUGACCAGCUCCUCCAGGGAGAGUUCGAUGUGGACCUGCUCGGCCGCUUGUCUGAGUUCCCGCUGGUACUGGCAGGCAAUCCCCAAGUGGUGAUUCAAGUGAACAUGUUCGAGUGCGGGGGACUCGUGAUCGGCCUGGGCUUUACUCACAAGUUAGGCGACAUGUGCACCAUGGCGACAUUCAUGACCUCAUGGUCGACCACAUGUUGGAGCAGAAUCCAUGAAGUAGGCUCGCCAUAUUUCGAGUUGUCCUCUCUAUUCCCAGUGAAGGGGCUGGUGCUAACUCAUUGGCCUCCACUUCAUCAUGGAGUAAAAUUCACACUGAAUCGGUUCGUGUUCAGCGGUGCGGCCCUCUCGAGGCUAAAACUAGGUGCGACCAAAAAUGCGCGGAUAUUGAGAGUGGAGGUCUUUGUGGUUUGCCAGUCGAUGAACUUGCGCGGGAGAGUCAAUCUGCCGGUACCGACCAAUGCAAUUGAUCAAAUUACAAGUGUUCAGCGAUCUAAGCUCCAGUAG